AUGGGUGCCUCUGAACACGUCCCCGCCAUCACCACCAAGGCCGAGUUCCAGGAGAAGGUCCUGAACGCCAAGGGCCCCGUCGUCGUCGACUGCUUCGCUACAUGGUGCGGUCCCUGCAAGGCCAUCGCGCCCAAGGUUGAGCAGUUCGCCCAGCAAUACACCGACGCUGCUUUCUACCAGAUCGACGUUGAUGAGCUCUCCGAGGUUGCCGCUGAGCUCGGCAUCCGCGCCAUGCCCACCUUCCUCCUCUUCAAGGACGGCGAGAAGGUCUCUGACGUUGUCGGUGCCAACCCCCCUGCUCUUGAGGCUGGCAUCAAGUCUUUGAUUGCUUAG